GAAGUUUUUUUUUUUUUUAUCUAUGUGGUGACUGUAGUGGUAAUGUGCUUUAUGGAUGUCAAGACCGGUAUCUAUAUCUCGGUGGGUCUUUCCUUUUUACACAUGUUGGUAAACCUUACUCGACCCUCAGUCGUAGUCUUGGGUCGUAUUAAGCUAUCGAUAACAUAUAUAAAUCUUAAAUUGGAUGAACCUACCAUCAUAUUAACAACGCAAUCUAUUUCAUCUCUUAACGAUGGAUAUCAUGAAAAAAGUGUCAAAUAGGAGAGAUAAUAAAAAAAA